UGCAGAGACCCAGUCAAGGUCUUGGUAGACUGGACAGGCAGGGGCCAGGUCUAGUAAGUGGGUUGCAUAAGCUGGUGGAGUUCAGAAAGGUCUGACUCUGUAAUGGUCUAGCACAGGUCUGCCAAAAUAUGGGGGGAAAAUGAGCAUAGAGCAGCCAGUCAGUUGUCCCUGGCUCUCUAGCACCGUGGCUCUAGCGCUCUGCCAGCAUUCAUCAGAGAAGAAGAAAAGCUAGACAUCUGAGCUAUGGGUGUUUGGGGGAGAACACUGCAAGCAAGACACACGCCAUACUGGAUUACACACACACACACACACACACACACACACACACACACACACGUUCUCACAGAAUGGUAAAUGAUGGACAUAGCUGUGAUGGUCUUUGAGAGGGGGAACAGAUGCAACGUUUAUACACUGGCCCUUUGCAACAACUGCUUUGUUUGUCCACUGCAGAGGCAUCCAAGUACCAGCCAAUGCAAACAACCAUUUAGCUACCCACUGUUUCCUUUCUGUCCCCAAAGGCUGAUGCCCACAGGUUUGAGACACAAAAGGCCAAACUCAGGCCUAAAGGCCAGUGGUCUGAAACCACCAGGGCCAACCCACAACCUAAAGUCCAAACACUGGCCAUUGGUCAAGGCCCAUCAGGGCCUAAUCACAGCCCUGUAAUCAGAAGAAGGAAAAUAAAUUGACUGUGGAGUUUCAACUCUGUUGGUGUGUUCCUCUAGUCUAAAUGCUGCUAAUUCAGGUCCUGCGGUGCUGCUGUCUGCCUGGCUGGUGAGCCAGUCCUUUUUAAACAAUUAACCCUCUCCGUGCCACGGCCACUGCCCCGGCCAGGGCUAAAUCAUUCCAGUCUGACUCAGCAGGACAGGAACAGCUGGCUCUGCCUCAGUCUGACUAACUAAUUGACUUAACUGGAACAAAAGCCUGCCGACACCAUGCUGCACCCGCUUCCUUCUAGGAGCUGAGCGGUAGUGGAGAGUUCUGAAGAGGCGCUUUGUAUUCAGCUCUUACCGAGCAGCACUUGAUACACCGAUAACUGUGACAUUUUGUAAAGUAAUCUCCCUGUAUUAGUCCUAGUCUCACUUUAUUUAUUCAAAUCAAAUCAAAUUUGUCACACGGGUGUAGCGAAAUGCUUGUGCUUCUAGCUCCGACAGUGCAGGAAAGCCUCUGUGUCAGAGCUCAUUCUAGAUUAGGAGAUUGAAGAUUCCUGUUUUCUCUCUUGCAUUUUCCCCAGAAUAGGCAGUAAACUCAUGGAUGGAAACAUGAGAUGAAACACUCACUGACUUCCCUCUGAACUCUGUGGUUCCAGAGUGGGCCCAAAGGCUGACAUCUGUGGGAGAAAUGGUGAGAGGGAGGCUGAGCAGAAAAGAGCCCUUCAGAGAGGGGAGAUGUGAACUUGAGAGAGAGGAGUUGGAUGUGUGGAUGUUGAGCCUCUCAGGGCCACUCUUAAAGCCUGCUCUUCUCAUCACUUAACCCAACAUCUCAGCCUCUUCUCCGUCAGUCUGGAGCAGCACGACUCAGCCCAUUUAACAUCCCUCCCCCUCAGCCAGAGCAAGAUGGACUGAGAGAAGGGGAGGAGAGGGAAAUGGACAGAUAAGAGUGGAGGAGUUUUUGAGUCAUUGCUUUUAGUGACUGCAUGGUCUUUGCGUGGCUAAACUGGCCAAGUGAAAUAUACCUGGUGAAUUAAUGGAAGAAUUUAUAGUAUACUGCGCUCUCUCUCUCUCUCACGCCUCACUGCAGGCAGGGAUAUAAAGAGAACAGAUUUCUGGUUGUUUGUCCUUCUGGCUCUCCCAGCUGUUUCUGCCUCAGUAGAUUAGUCCUGGCCAACGGGGCCUGCUGGAGCCCUCUGUCUCGACGUGUCUGUGUGUGUUUCUGGCUCCUGUUGGAGUGGAGGUUCUGUCAGAAGCAUCACCAUCACACUGACACUCCUAUCUCAUGGUCUCUCUUGCUCUCUCUCAUCUUCCUCUACUCCCGCUCUUCUGUCUUUUGAUCAUGCUUCCUCCCUCCUGCUCAGUGUAAUGUGAGUGGGCUCUUUCCUGUGAGAGCGAGUCUCUUUAAGCCCAGUCAGUGUAUGAACUGGCACAGAGAUAGAGGGUUCUGUUCUCAGGUCUGCUGCUUUAGCCAGACAGACCGUGUGAUCCCUGGCCACCCAGAACCAGCCUCCACCGCUGGAAUUGGGGCCAACUAGCCAGGUAAAGGCUAGACACGCACAUACACACACACACACACGGUCCACACGCAUGCUCAUGUAAAAUUGCACCUUCACUACAACACAUAGCACCAACACACACACAGCCGCUCACAGCUUUAUCAAAACCGUAUGGUCUUCCAUAAACCCAGACCCCCUGCCUGGCAAACUGGUUUCUUUUUGAUGACUAAUCUGUAGCUUACUACUAAAUGCUCCUGCGUCAGCAAUGUCUUAGUUGUACUUCCAUGUGUUUAAUGUUUUUAUAGAUUUUUCUCCUCUCUUAAAGUGAAUUCUGAAUGUAGCCUAGUCCCUGGUUUAAGCCUACACAUGGCUGCCUCAUGGGCCCUCGCUUUGUCCAGACUCCAGGAUAGGCCACUUUGAAGCCAAGGACUGCAAUUCCCAGGAGCCCCCACACUGCAGCCAGUGAACAGGCCGUAAAGGGAGAAUUUGUUGGGGUCAACGAGUGGUUACUCCUGAGGUGUGUGUGUGUGUUAUAACUGGCACUCAGGGGAAGGGAAGCAAUGGCUCGUUGUAUGUGUAUUAGUCUGGAUGAGAAAGACCUUUAGUGACCUGACCUAGGGAUUAGGCUUGGGCGGUAUCCAGAUUUUCAUACCGUCAUACCGCUCUUCUGCCAUCCCGGGAAUUACGGUAUUACCUGCAUAGCACUCAAGGGGGCGCUAAAAACACUAGAAAAGCCCAUUGGGCCUCUAUUACCAGAAUGCAACAAAAAAAUUUGCACAAGUAAUAGCGAACUCACAUAGACGUUAUGUUAUGUAGCAAAAUUUGAAAUUGUGUUUUUUUACAUUGGAUAAAUGUAGAGGCUCAGAGCUAGAAAAUGGUAUAUCAUGCACUACAGUUGAGGAACAAUGGGAAAGUAAUUCUGCUUUGAAAGUUGAUAAACUUGUAACCUCACUUUUGAGAAAAUGGCCCUUGAAUGUUUUGGUAAACCUACUGGAGAGCUCUUUUUUGUCUACACCCAUUCAGCAUCAUUCACACCCUUUUAAGCCUUAGCCCCACCCAUCUCUUUAAGGAUUCACAUGUGAGGCCAUGUACUAAACAACCAAAGAUUUCAAGACUAAAGGCUGGUUUAUGCUAUGGGUGGGUUCGUAAAUUCAAUCUGGGAUGCCAGAGUGCUCUCUGGGUGUUCGUUAACUCAGAGAGUUGUCAGACUAUCUCUGCAUAUUUGCAAUUAAACGCCAGAAUUUUCUCCAUCUCCUUAGCUAUCAUAAUCUAAUACCACUGGGCAUUCCACUGACUUCCAAACUCGGUCCUCCAGAAAGUGGAGAGCAACACUUUUGCAGUUCUACUACGUGAUAUCUUUCAAAAGCUGCGUUAGAAAGGACUGUCAACACAUACUGACCAGCUCAUGUUAUAGACAGAAGCAUGCUACAUGGCAGACCAAUCCGAAAUCAUCUCUUGACAUGUUCAGCCCAUCCAUUAUCUCAGCCAAUCAUGGCUAGCGGGAAGGUUCCUGUCUUUUUCCGUGGCUAAACAAACUAGGCUCUUAAUUCGUAUUAACAGAUGGCAUACAAUUUUGUUAUUAAGGCAAAUGAAAGUUCACAUGUUCCAGAAGGCAUUUUGAUUUAAAAAAUGUUUAUUUUAAAAUGGCUCUCCUGUGAAGUAGUGACGUGGGACAUAUGGCUAGUUUCCUGAAACGAGUCACAUAAACUAAUUGCAAAGACCGACAAAUCCAGCUUAUAAAGUUAUACAAGCAUAGCUACCGAAUGUAAUUUUCGGUGAGUGUGUACAUUUGAAAGUGAGAGAAAUUGUGCAAAUGAACAAAGUUGUGAUUCAUGCUUUUCUGACGGAAGCGCAGCAUGUGUACACGGAGCAGAUGGGAGAAGAACGGAGGACAAAAAAAAUGCUAGUGGGAAACCAAAUGGCACGGCAGAAAGCCGGUAUAAGAAAUAUCUGAAGGCAAACAUUUGCAUACAAGUGUAAUGUCAUCACCUCAUGUGCACAUCAGAGACUCGCCGAUAGAUAUAGAACGCUAUGGACUCACCAGCUCCCGCUUUCUCCAGUUGUGCUAUUUACAAACAAACAUACAAACAAACACGUGACUGGCUCAACUUUUCUGGGGAACUACGGUAAGCUUCAUAAUGUAAAAUAAUCUGCUUUAUAUCUUAACAUGUUGCACAAGUUGACAUAUACAGUGGGGAGAACAAGUAUUUCAUACACUGCCGAUUUUGCAGGUUUUCCUACUUACAAAGCAUGUAGAGGUCUGUAAUUUUUAUCAUAGGUACACUUCAACUGUGAGAGACGGAAUCUAAAACAAAAAUCCAGAAAAUCACAUUGUAUGAUUUUUAAGUAAUUAAUUUGAAUUUUAUUGCAUGACAUAAGUAUUUGAUCACCUACCAACCAGUAAGAAUUCCGGCUCUCACAGACCUGUUAGUUUUUCUUUAAGAAGCCCUUCUGUUCUCCACUCCAGGCUCUGUAGUAGCCGGCCGCAACCGGGAGACCCAUGGGGCGGCGCACAAUUGGCCCAGCGUCGUCCAUGGUAGGGGAGGGAAUGGCCGGCAGGGAUGUAGCCCAGUUGGUAGAGCAUGGCGUUUGCAACGCCAGGGUUGUGGGAUCGAUUCCCACGGGAAUGAAAAAUAAAAAAAUUAUGUAUGCACUCACUAACUGUAAGUCGCUCUGGAUAAGAGCAUCUGCUAAAUGACUAAAAUGUAAAUGUAAUUACCUGUAUUAACUGCACCUGUUUGAACUCGUUACCUGUAUAAAAGACACCUGUCCACACACUCAAUCAAACAGACUCCAACCUCUCCACAAUGGCCAAGACCAGAGAGCUGUGUAAGGACAUCAGGGAUACAAUUGUAGACUUGCACAAGGCUGGGAUGGGCUACAGGACAAUAUGCAAGCAGCUUGGUGAGAAGGCAACAACUGUUGGCGCAAUUAUUAGAAAAUGGAAGAAGUUCAAGAUGACGGUCAAUCACCCUCGGUCUGGGGCUCCAUGCAAGAUCUCACCUCGUGGGGCAUCAAUGAUCAUGAGGAAGGUGAGGGAUCAGCCCAGAACUACACGGCAGGACCUGGUCAAUGACCUGAAGAGAGCUGGGACCACAGUCUCAAAGAAAACCAUUAGUAACACACUACGCCGUCAUGGAUUAAAAUCCUGCAGCGCACGCAAGGUCCCCCUGCUCAAGCCAGCGCAUGUCCAGGCCCGUCUGAAGUUUGACAAUGACCAUCUGGAUGAUCCAGAGGAGGAAUGGGAGAAGGUCAUGUGGUCUGAUGAGACAAAAAUAGAGCUUUUUGGUCUAAACUCCACUCGCCGUGUUUGUAGGAAGAAGAAGGAAAAGAGGACUGAGCACGCCCCCAUUCUCAUCGACGGGGCUGUAGUGGAACAGGUUGAGAGCUUCAAGUUCCUUGGUGUCCACAUCACCAACGAACUAUCAUGGUCCAAACACACCAAGACAGUCGUGAAGAGGGCAUGACAAAGCCUAUUCCCCCUCAGGAGACUGAAAAGAUUUGGCAUGGGUCCUCAGAUCCUCAAAAAAUUCUACAGCUGCACCAUCGAGAGCAUCCUGACUGGUUGCAUCACCGCCUGGUAUGGCAACUGCUUGGCCUCCGACCGCAAGGCACUACAGAGGGUAGUGCGUACGGCCCAGUACAUCACUGGGGCCAAGCUUCCUGCCAUCCAGGACCUCUAUACCAGGCGGUGUCAGAGGAAGGCCCUCAAAAUUGUCAAAGACUCCAGCCACCCUAGUCAUAGACUGUUCUCCCUGCUACCGCACGGCAAGCGGUACCGGAGUGCCAAGUCUAGGUCCAAAAGACUUCUCAACAGCUUCUACCCCCAAGCCAUAAGACUCCUGAACAGCUAAUCAUGGCUACCCGGACUAUUUGCACUGCCCCCCCACCCCAUCCUUUUUACGCUGCUGCUACUCUGUUAAGUAUUUAUGCAUAGUCACUUUAACUCUACCCACAUGUACAUAUUACUUCAACUAUCUCAACUAGCCGGUGCCCCCGCACAUUGACUCUGCACCGGUACCCCCCUGUAUAUACAUUGAGGGAAAAAAGUAUUUGAUCCCCUGCUGAUUUUGUACGUUUUCCCACUGACAAAGAAAUUAUCAGUCUAUAAUUUUAAUGGUAGGUUUAUUUGAACAGUGAGACAGAAUAACAACAACAAAAUCCAGAAAAACGCAUGUCAAAAAUGUUAUCAAUUGAUUUGCAUUUUAAUGAGGGAAAUAAAUAUUUGACCCCCUCUCAAUCAGAAAGAUGUCUGGCUCCCAGGUGUCUUUUAUACAGGUAACGAGCUGAGAUUAGGAGCACACUCUUAAAGGGAGUGCUCCUAAUCUCAGUUUGUCAACUCUAUAAAAGACACCUGUCCACAGAAGCAAUCAAUCAAUCCGAUUCCAAACUCUCCACCAUGGCCAAGACCAAAGAGCUCUCCAAGGAUGUCAGGGACAAGAUUGUAGACCUACACAAGGCUGGAAUGGGCUACAAGACCAUCGCCAAGCAGCUUGGUGAGAAGGUGACAACAGUUGGUGCGAUUAUUCGCAAAUGGAAGAAAAACAAAAUAACUGUCAAUCUCCCUCGGCCUGGGGCUCCAUGCAAGAUCUCACCUCGUGGAGUUGUAAUGAUCAUGAGAACGGUGAGGAAUCAGCCCAGAACUACAUGGGAGGAUCUUGUCAAUGAUCUCAAGGCAGCUGGGACCAUAGUCACCAAGAAAACAAUUGGUAACACACUACGCCGUGAAGGACUGAAAUCCUGCAGCGCCCGCAAGGUCCCCCAGCUCAAGAAAGUACAUAUACAGGGCCGUCUGAAGUUUGCCAAUGAACAUCUGAAUGAUUCAGAGGAGAACUGGGUGAAAGUGUUGUGGUCAGAUGAGACCAAAAUCGAGCUCUUUGGCAUCAACUCAACUCGCCGUGUUUGUAGGAGGAGGAAUGCUGCCUAUGACCCCAAGAACACCAUCCCCACCGUCAAACAUGGAGGUGGAAACAUUAUGCUUUGGGGGUGUUUUUCUGCUAAGGGGACAGGACAACUUCACCGCAUCAAAGGGACGAUGGGCGGGGCCAUGUACCGUCAAAUCUUGGGUGAGAAACUCCUUCCCUCAGCCAGGGCAUUGAAAAUGGGUCGUGGAUGGUAUUUCAAAAUGACAAUGACCCAAAACACACGGCCAAGGCAACAAAGGAGUGGCUCAAGAAGAAGCACAUUAAGGUCCUGGAGUGGCCUAGCCAGUUUCCAGACCUUAAUCCCAUAGAAAAUCUGUGGCGGGAGCUGAAGGUCCGAGUUGCCAAACGUCAGCCUCGAAACCUUAAUGACUUGGAGAAGAUCUGCAAAGAGGAGUGGGACAAAAUCCCUCCUGAGAUGUGUGCAAACCUGGUGGCCAACUACAAGAAACGUCUGACCUCUGUGAUUGCCAACAAGGGUUUUGCCACCAAGUACUAAGUCAUGUUUUGCAGAGGGGUCAAAUACUUAAUUCCCUCAUUAAAAUGCAAAUCAAUUUAUAAUAUUUUUGACAUGAGUUCUUCUGGAUUUUUUUGUUGUUCUUCUUUCUCUCACUGUUCACAUAAACCUACCAUUCAAAUUAUAGACUGAUCAUGUCUUUGUCAGUGGGCAAACUUACAAAAUUAGCAGGGGAGCAAAUACUUUUUUCCCUCACUGUAUAGCCUCCCUACUGUUAUUUUAUUUUACUUCUGCUCUUUUUUUCUCAACACUUUUUUUGUUGUUGUUUUAUUUUUAUAAAAAAUAAAUGCACUGUUGGUUAAGGGCUGUAAGUAAGCAUUUCACUGUAAUGUCUGCACCUGUUGUAUUCGGCACAUGUGACCAAUAAAAUUUGAUUUGAUUUGAGUACAACCCCAAGAACACCAUCCCAACCGUGAAGCAUGGAGGUGGAAACAUCAUUCUUUGGGGAUGCUUUUCUGCAAAGGGGACAGGACGACUGCACCGUAUUGAGGGGAGGAUGGAUGGAGCCAUGUUUCGCGAGAUCUUGGCCAACAACCUCCUUCCUUCAGUAAGAGCAUUGAAGAUGGGUCGUGGCUGGGUCUUCCAGCAUGACAACAACCUGAAACACACAGCCAGGGCAACUAAGGAGUGGCUCCGUAAGAAGCAUCUCAAGGUCCUGGAGUGGCCUAGCCAGUCUCCAGACCUGAACCCAAUAGAAAAUCUUUGGAGGGAGCUGAAAGUCCGUAUUGCCCAGCGACAGCCCCGAAACCUGAAGGAUCUGGAGAAGGUCUGUAUGGAUGAGUGGGCCAAAAUCCCUGCUGCAGUGUGUGCAAACCUGGUCAAGAACUACAGGAAACAUAUGAUCUCUGUAAUUGCAAACAAAGGUUUCUGUACCAAGUUCUGCUUUUCUGAUGUAUCAAAUACUUAUGUCAUGCAAUAAAAUGCAAAUUAAUUACUUAAAAAUCAUACAAUGUGAUUUUCUGGAUUUUUGUUUUAGAUUCCGUCUCUCACAGUUGAAGUGUACCUAUGAUACAAUUUACAGACCUCUACAUGCUUUGUAAGUAGGAAAACCUGCAAAAUCGGCAGUGCAUCAAAUACUUGUUCUCCCCACUGUAUAUAUUAACUUAAAGUAACUAGAAAUAUUCACAUUUAUUGAAAAACGUAUCCCGCCCAAGCCUACUAGGGACAAGAGGAGGAACCGGAAGAUCGUUAGUGCCAGUACACCGACCCAGUAGUAGAGUUGGGAGGACUAGUGAGACGUCAUGUUCUGCUUACGUUCAUGUGUGAACCAGACCUCCAUCUGGCCUCCAGACUUGUGGGUAAAUAGAUCUUACUACUUCUGUCUGAGUCCUCUAAAGGUUAUGUGAGUCCUGUUUAACAGAUCACUCACUCAUCUUUUCUCCUGAUCUGUGCUCUCUGUCUCCAUGUGUCCUGACUGAUCUGCUCAUUCUUACCUCUGAUUAGGGACGUCAAACGUUCAACCUGCUGCACAGACCCUAUGGACACUCCACUCUAGAGUGCCUGGUUAAAUUGUGCUUGGGAGCAUUUUUUAAAUUUCUAAAUGGUUAAAUGAGUGAGAAAUAUGUGAUUAUUGAACAAAUCUGAGUUUGCUUCAUUUACUAUCCUAAAUGAAGGUAUUGAAUUAUUUUGCCAUAUCUAAUUACUGUAUAUUAUGCUACUUUCCAUGAUGUGGACAGCUGGCGUUUUGACCAUAUCGAAUUGGGGGGAAUUAAACAUUGUCUUUACCUCCGAUGGGUGAUGUUAGUGUAAAAGUUUAGUCAACAAGAUGACACAAUAUCAGUUGCUUAAAACAGAGCAAUGUCUUUGGUUUGAUACUGUUGAUUUUGUCAUACUCGCUGGGGGUUGCAUGACUUAGAACGCAGCCAUCAUUUUCUUUCUCAAAUAGCACCGAUAAUUUGGGGGGGAUCUCUCUAUAAAGGUCGCUGGCCACACACCAAUACACAGACUUGACAGUCAAACUAUCACUUAAAUAGCAGUGACAACCAACCGUUGUCACUAGGGAUGUAACGAUUCACCGAUACGCAUCUGUCCCGAGUUCAAAUGUUUAAGAUAUGAGUCCAUCGGUCCGCGGGACCCCAAACCGCUCCAAAUGUAGCAUGCAUCGGUCAGAAAAUCAAUUCAAAUGUCCCAAAUCACCAGUUCACAAAAAUGUCUUGCUCAUUACUUUCUUUCUACCUGUGUCCUCUCCUUCAGUGUCGAACUAAGCAUGUCAUUGUGUUGGCAGUCAUUGAUCUACAAGUAAUUUUGCCGAACAACCCCAGGCGAUAUCAGUAGCCAAACUGCGAGUUGUGCGCCGCUUCACGCGCUGACCAAUGAGAGGAAGGCCUAUUCCUGAUCGGGCACAUCUGCUUGUCACUGUCAGCAUUUAAAUGUUUGUAAAAUGGCUUGCGCAAUAUUAGGCAUUAUUACUUGAGUGACAAGCAAUGUAAUUUGCUAGGUCUUUUAUUUUUUAAUGCGCUGUUGAAAAUUGUGUUUUACUGGUUUAAAAGUAGCCUAAGCUAGCGCCGGAGACACAACUCUCAUCUGGCUAUAGCUUACUUGCUGAUCAGGGCUUACGCACGCACGCAACUCAAUAUUUGGAAGGUGUUCCUAAUGUUUGGUAUACUCGGUGCAUAGUCAUUGGCUAUGUCAUACACUACAUGACCAAAAGUAUGUGGACACCUGCUUGUCGAACAUCUCGUUCCAAAAUCAUGGGCAUUAAUAUGGAGUUGUUCCCCCUUUACUGCCAUAACAGCCUCCACUCUUCUGGGAAGGCUUUCCACUAGAUGUUAGAACAUUGCUCCGGGGACUUGCUUCAAUUCUGCCACAAGCAUUAGUGAGGUCGGCACUGAUGUUGGCCAAUUAGGCCUGGCUUGCAGUCGGCGUAACAAUUCAUCCCAAAGGUGUUCAAUGGGGUUGAGGUCAGGGCUCUGUGCAGGUCAGUCAAGUUCUUCCACACCGAUCUCGACAAACUUUUUCUGUAUGGACCUCGCUUUGUGCACGGGGGCAUUGUCAUGCUGAAACAGGAAAGGGCUGCCUUCCCUAAACAGUUGCCACAAAGUUGGAAGCACAGAAUAAUCUAGAAUGUCAUUGUAUGCUGUACUGUUGACAUUUCCCUUCACUGGAACUAAGGGGCCCAGCCCGAACCAUGAAAACAGCCCCAGACCAUUAUUCCUCCUCCACCAAACUUUACAGUUGGCACUAUGGUAGUGUUCUCCUGGCAUCCCCCAAAGCCAGAUUCGUCCAUCGGACUGCCAGAUGGUGAAGCAUUACACUUACCGCGUUGGCAACCCACUUGAAUAGAAAUGAAACACUUCUAAAUGUAGAUGGCUGUCUUCUACAAAUUGUCCUCUAACCAGUGAUGUACACAUUAUUCCCAGAUUGCAUGUGGUUUUUGAGCUGUGUUAGUAUUAACAGGAUGUGCAACCUCAUUUCCCCCCCUCACGCAAUUGAUUUCAAUGUGAUAAUCGAUAGUAGUGAUUGACAAAACAGUGUUGCAUUUCUCUUUCUGUUUUGGUGACCCCCGUAUCAAAAUGCAACAUUCCAAAAUGUACCUGACUGUGUUUUGCAAGUUGUCCUCUAACCAGUGAUGUGAAGGGGAAAAAAUCCCCCCCAAUCGAUGGGUGAUUGACAGUGCUCUCAGAAAGUAUUCACACCCCUUGACUUUUUCCACAUUUUGUUGUUACAGCCUGAAUUUAUAAUGGUUUAAAUAGAGAUUUUGUGACACUGGCUUACACACAAUACCCCAUAAUGUCAAAGUGGAAUUCGUUGUUUAGAAUUUUGUUUAAAUUAAUUAAAAAUGAAAAUUGGAAAUGUCUUGAUUCAAUAAGUAUUCAACCCCUUUGUUAUGGCAAGCCUAAAUAAGUUCAGGAGUAAAACAUUUCUUAAGUCACAUAAUAACUUGCAUGCACUCACUGUGCAAUAAUAGUGUUUUAACAUGAUUUUUUUAAUGACCACUAUCUCUGUACCCAACACAUAAAAGAAACAGAAUAGACACAAUCCUAGAGGACAACCUGGUUCAGCCUGCUUUCUGAGACACUGGUAGACAUUCACCUUUCAGCAGGACAGUAACCUAAAACACAAGGCCAAAUCUACACUGGAGUUGCUUACCAAGACGACAUUUAAUGUUCCUGAGUGGCCUAGUUACAGUUUUUUUUACUUAAAUAAGCUUGAAAAACUAUGGCAAGACUUGAAAAUGUGCUGUCUAGCAAUGAUCACAACCAACUUGACAGAGGUUGAAGAUUUUGUUUUAAAGAACGGUGUGAAAAUACUGUACAAUCCAGGUGUGCAAAGCUAUUAGAGACAUACCCAGAAAGACUCACAGCUGUAAUCGCUGCCUGAGGUGCUUCUACAAAGUAUUGAUUUAGGAGUGUGAAUACGUAUGUAAAUUAGAUAUGUCUGUAUUUCCUUUUCAAUAAAUGUGCUAAAAUUUCUAAAACUGUGUUUUCAUUUGGUUAUUAUGGGGUAUUGUGUGUAGACAGGUGAGACAAAAAAUAAAUGUAAUCCAUUUUGAAUUCCAAAAUGUGUAAUAAGUCAAAGGGUAUAAAUACUUUCUGAAGGCACUGUAUCUCAAAUAGUAUUUUACCACAUCAAAAUAUAUUUUACGAUAUUUGCAGGUUAGCGUUUUUCGUCAUGAUGUGAUUUAUUUAUUUGAUUUGAUUUAUUUGGUUGAUAUAACCUAUCAGAAAUCACAAAAACUGUUUUGUCCUGCCUACUCUGACUGGCUCAAAUUAACCUGUACUUCAUACACUCCCUCCUCCUCUAUUUAAACUACACUGAACAAAAAUAUUAAUGCAACAUGCACCAAUUUCAAAGAUUUUCUUGAGUUACAUUUCUAAUAAGGAAAUCAGUCGAUUUAAAUAAAUUUAUCAGGCCCUAAACUAUGGAUUUCACAUGACUGGGAAAGUAUUCAGACUCCUUGACUUUUUCAACAUUUUGUUACGGGCAGCCAGCUCUAGGAAGAGUUUUGGUGGUUCCAAUCUAAUUCCAUUUAAGAAUGAUGGAGGCCACUGUGUUCUUGGGGACCUGCAGUGCUGCAGACAUUGGUACCCUUCCCCAGAUCUCUGCCUCGACACAAUCCUGUCUCGGAGCUCUACGGACAAUUCCUUCGACCUCAUGGCUUAGUUUUUGCUCUGACAUGCACUGUCAACUGUGGGACCUUAUAUAGACAGGUGUCUGCCUUUCCAAAUCAUGUCCAAUCAAUUGAAUUUACCACAGGUGGUCUCCAAGUUGUAGAAACAUUUCAAGGAUGAUUAAUGGAAACAGGAUUCACCUGACCUCAAUUUGGAGUCUCAUAGCAAAGGGUCAAAAUACUUAUGUAUGUAAGGUAUUUCUUUUUUAUAUUUUUGAUAAAUUUGCAAACAUUUAUAACCUGUUUUCACUUUGUGAUUAUGGGGUAUUGUGUGUAGAUUGAUUCAGAAUUUUUUUAUUUAAUCCAUUUAAGAAUAAGGUUGAAACGUAACAAAAUGUGGAAAAAGUCAAGGGGUCUGAAUACUUUCCGAAUGCUGUUGGUCACAGAUGCCUUUAAAAAAAAAAAAAAACGGUAGGAGCGUGGAUCAGAGAACCAGUCGGUAUCUGGUGUGACAACCAUUUGCCUCAUGCAGCGUGACACAUCUCCUUCGCAUGGAGUUGAUCAGGCUGUUAUCCCACUCCUCUUCAAUGGCUGUGCGAAGUUGCUGGAUAUUGGCGGGAACUGGAACACGUUGUCGUACACGUCGAUCCAGAGCAUCCCAAAAAUGGGUGACAUGUCUGGUGAGUAUGCAGACCAUGGAAGAACUGGGACAUUUUCAGCUUCCAGGAAUUGUGUGCAGAUCCUUGCGACAUGGGUCCAUGCAUUAUCAAGCUGAAACAUGAGGUGAUGGCGGAUGAUGAAUGGCACGACAAUGGGCCUCCGGAUCUUGUCACAGUGUCUCUGUGUAAAUGAAGACAGAAUGCCACGUGCUGGUUGGAGGAAGAUACUGUUCCCUCCAGGAAUGUCUGGGAUCUUUCUGGCUUGGGGGGAGGGGGGUCAGGGUGGCUGACGAAGACCGAGCCCAGGGGGGAGAGACAGGAGGUCUGGCUGGAAAUGAAGACUUGUUGUCUGGAAGAAGAGCCACUACAGUCCUCAAGCCUCCCAAACUGGAGACUGGAGAUUUCUUUGGCCAAGGGUUUUAUGUCUAUGAUCUGCAUAGACCUCACUUCCCAAAAGGCACCUGUAGCCUGUCAAAGGACUGUGUGUCCGAUGGCCGUCUAUGGCAGUUCCAAACAGUAGGCUUACCUUUACUCGGUAGAGUAGCUUUGUGGAUGAGCAGCAGACAUUCUCUUCAUAAUCUACUACAGUAAAUAUAAAUCAGGGCCCCGUGUAGCUCAGUUGGUAGAGCAUGGCGCUUGCAACGCCAGGGUUGUGGGUUCGUUUCCCAUGGGGGGCCAGUAUGAAAAUGUAUGCACUCACUUAACUGUAAGUCGCUCUGGAGCGUCUGCUAAAUGACUAAAUUGUAAAAAUGUAAAUGCCAGAUUUACAGCCUAUGAUUGCUCAGUUAAAAUGGCAAAAAAAAAUCUAUAGUGCUGCAGUCGUCAUUGGUGGCUAGGAUAUGGUUAGGGUUAGUCUAGUCCACAGGCAGUGACCUAAGCUUACCCCUGUCUGUCUUUCUGCGUGUGUUUGUAUGCAUGUAGUGUUUUGUUUAGUUGUCUGGUUGUUGACAUCUGGCUGUGCUUUGGAGCAGAAUAGUGCUGUAAUUCUGUAAUGAUCUGAUGCUGUGGAAGUGAACACUAUUACAGCCAAAUCUACUUAGCACUCCACUCAGGUCUAAUUGCAUUAUCUUUGAAGGUAGGAUGCCAGACAAUAUUGCCUUACACCAGGGUUCCCCAACUGGCGGCCCGCGGGCCGACUCUGGCUCGCGGGUGAUUUUAUUUGGCCCCCCAAGUUUCUUUUGUUUUUUUUGGGGGGGUGGGGGGGACAUAUUAGACUGUAAAAACACCAGCAAAUCAGCUCCAAUUGAUUUCAAUUUUGGAAAUCUCUUUCAAAAGUAUUUCCACGAAUAUCAGAGAUACUUUUGGUCAUUUAGUGUAUGUGGACACCUGCUCGUUGAACAUCUCAUUCCAAAAUCAUGGUCAUUAAUAUGGAGUUGGUCCCCCCUUUGCUGCUCUAAUAGCUUCCACACUUCUGGGAAGGCUUUCCACUAGAUGUUGGAACAUUGCUGUGGGUACUUGCUUCCAUUCAACCAUAAGAGCAUUAGUGAGGUCGGGCACUGAUGUUGGGCGAAUUCAUCCCAAAGGUGUUCGAUAGGGUUGAGGUCAGGGCUCUGUGCAGGCCAGUCAAGUUCUUCCACACCGAUCUCAAUAAAAACAAUUUCUGUAUGGACCUCGCUUUGUGCACAGGGGCAUUGUCAUGCUGAAACAGGAAAGGGCCUUCCCCAAACUGUUGCCACAAAGUUGGAAGCACAGAAUCGUCUAGAAUGUCAUUGUAUGUUGUAGCAUUAAGAUUUCCCUUCACUAGAACUAAGGGGCCUAGCCCCAGACCAUUAUUCCUCCUCCACCAAACUUUACAGUUGGCGUUUCCGCUGCUCCAGAGUCCAAUGGCAGCGAGCUUUACACCACUCCAGCCGACGCUUGGCAUUGCGCAUGGUGAUCUUAGGCUUGUGUGCGGCUGCUCUGCCAUGGAAAUGCAUUUCAUGAAGCUCCCGACGAACAGUUCUUGUGCUAACGUUGCUUCUAGAGGCAGUUUGGAACUCGGUAGUGAGUGUUGCAACCGAGGACAGACGAUUUUUACACUCUACGCGCUUCAGCACUCGGCGGUCCCGUUCUGUGAGCUUGUGUGGCCUAUCACUUCACGGCUGAGUCGUUGUUGCUCCUAGACGUUUCCACUUCAGAGUGCAUUUACAGUUGACUAGGGCAGUUCUAGCAGGGCAGAAAAUUGACGAGCUGACUUGUUGGAAAGGUAGCUUCCUAGGACGGUGCCACGUUGAAAGUCACUGAGCUCUUCAGUAAGGCCAAUUCUACUGCCAAUGUUUGUCUAUGGAGAUUGCAUGGAUAUUGCAUGCCUGUGUGCUCGAUUUUAUACACCUGUCAGCAACAGGUGUGGCUGAAAUGGCCAAAUCCACUAAUAUGAAGGGCUGUCCACAUACUUUUGUAUAUAUAGUGUAUAUGUGAUCGUAUACAAAUGUAAGCAAGGUUUGAAAUUAUCUUUUUUUUUUUGUCAAAUAUUAUAUCUGUUUGGACUGGAUUUGCAUUCUACAAAUCAUUUGUAAUUAUGUUCCGGCCCCCUGACCAUCCGCUCAAGAAAGAAAUCGGCCCACGGCUGAAUCUAGUUGAUGAUCCCUGCCUUGCACAGACAUGUGCAAUAACAUUAUUACUGUUAUUGCACAUUCACGCACACAAACACAUUUUCUGCAAAUUAGAGCGCGUAUAGGUGUGCAUUGUGGAUCAGAAUAGUGUGUUGGUGUAGUCAGCCACUCAUGCAUGAUGUGGAAGUGUGUGUACUUGUUGUUCAACCAUAGUCCUCCCACUCCACCACACACUCAGUAGGUCUGUGAUGGUGUACUAUCUAAUCAUGUGCUUAAAUCUAUAACCGGGGCAGAAGUGAUUAGUUGUAGCCUGAAGUCAGAUUCUCAUUAGAGGUGCAAUAGUGAGAUAAAGCUCCCUGCUCUGCUCUGUUUGAUACUAAGUUAUGCUGAUGAAUGAUGACUUCCAUUAAACAUUUCUUUCAGAGCAGCUGUUAAUGUGGGCUGGAGCAAGAGAGGGGGGAGGAAGGGAAAGAGAGAGAGAGAGCUCUCCUUCUUCCCUUGGCUGUAAUUAAAGCCUUAGUAUCUAUCGAUCUCCAUCUCAUUGCUCUCCCUGGGAAGGGAAGGGAAGUGAGCCCCAGCCACCUCAACACACACGUAACAAGGCUUUAUCUGUGGGAGCGGAGAGGCUGAGCUGAGGAGCAGGGAAGAUGUUCUGUCUGUCUGCCUUGUUCCGGAUGGGGGUGAAAAGCCAUAAAAACACAGGGACAGUGUCUCUCUCUCUCUAAAAAGAGACUAGCUGGAUUGUACCAUUUGUGUGGGGGUGGGGAUGCUCUCCCCCUUUUAUACACAAGCAGGCAUUGGCAUAAACUGGUACAUUGUGAAACCCAGUCAUACAGUGACUAACACACUCAUGGCGGGAGGGCUGACGGCCAGUUGUUUGGACUGGACUGAAGCCUGGAUUAGACUCCUUCAUGUUGGUCCAGUUCAGACACAUUAGCAUUGUUUCCAUGGUUACAAAACGGAAACGACCCCCCCUCCUUUUUCCAUCUCAUUCAUGCAGACCAACUCUUCCAUUCAGAAGCCCCCUCCCUCUCUUCAACCCCCCCCCACCACCCCGACUCUACGCUAUCUCUCGAUCUCUCAAACUGGGUGAAACAGGGAAAUGGAAAUCUGCUGACAGCCCCUCUUGUGUGAGGCCAAAAGAGGGGUGUCGACAGAGGGAGAGAGUCUGUGACUGUGUUUGUGGAAAGCACUGCUGGACUGCAGAGCACUGGGUUUGAGGAGAUUAAAGGCAAUACUCAAUACACUGACUGUAGUUGUUAUGUAGUGUCUAGAGUACUGACCAUUGUUGAGUUUAAAGGGCCCUACGCAAACCGAGCGUCCUAUACGGUCCAUUCCAAAAUUUUAGCCAAACAAAGGUACAUAGAACUACGUAGAAAGCGACGCUCAGUCACUGCGCUUGCAUGAAGUGUGUAGCGGCCUUAAAUUUGGCUAACGAACAGCCAUGUCAUGAAAAUGAGGCGAAUAGUCGGAAUGUACACAUUUUUAUAUCAGUUUGUCCUUUGUUUGGAUCUCCUCGACCCUCUUCUGCACAACCUGUUUUGUUAUUUUUAAACAAAUGGCAUUAAUGUGUAUUUAGAUCACAAACCUCCCUGACUCAAAGGCUUGCUUUCCCCUCAAAGGAGGCCCAGUUCUAGAGCAGCAGCGUGCAGCCUGCCCCCCUCUCUUCUCGCUCCCCCUCCCCCCUCUCUUCUCGCUCCCCCUCCCCCCUCCUUAGCCCUGACCAUCCUGUGCAGCGUGUGAUUGGCUGUGAGGUCCUGGCAAGGCGGGGCCCAGGUCCAAGCAGGGCUGUGUGAUUGUGUGCAGCGGGGUAAUGUCACCCUGGCUCAGUAUCACAGCUCUGUGUUCUGUACUCUCGUUCUCGUCUCAGCCGCUAAACACUUCAUUAGCCUUUAACAAGACCACAGCGCCUGCCUGCUCCAAACUCCACUUUCACCUCUCUCUCUCAGAUCUCUCUCUCUCUCAGCUCUCUCUCUCUCAGCUCUCUCUCUCUCAGCUCUCUCUCUCUCAGGUCUCUCUUUUUCUGUCGCCCAUUUUUCUUUCCCUAUUUCUCUUUACCUUAGACUGUAUCUUUCUCCCGUUCUCUCCUUAAUGCCUAGUUUCUUUCCUGUCAGUGUUCAGAUCCAGACACUGUUGGUAAUGAUUGUGAUUCUGAGCACUUCUAAAGGCCUCUAACAGAGUACAGGGAGGGAUAGGAGGGGGGGGUAGAGGAUUUUUGGACGGGUGCCCUCCUCUUGGACAGCCAUCCUGAAUAGGGCUCAUUGAUCCCCCUGGUCCCCUCUCUGUGUUGUCACCCCUGAAUGGUCCUUUCAGGGCUCCAGACUAGCAGGUCGAGACCACCAAGCCUUCCUGUGUAAGAGAACUGGGCUAGGCCCAAGGCAUUUAGACUGCUGCAUUACACAUACACAGCCAGCCAGCCACAGAGACACCCAAGCUCAUCACACUCUCACUCUGAUCCUGUACUACAGACUUUCUCACUUAAAGGGGCCCCAACAAGACACAUUCAGUGUCACACACACACAUAUACACACACACACACACACACACACACACACACACACACACACACACACACACACUCAGACAGAUGCAGCUUUUGUUUACUCCUUGUUUUGGGAAUGCAGUUUUCGUGUCUCUUUAUUGCUUCUUCUUUCUUCCUGCUCCCAUAACAAGUAGGCCUACACACUUUUAUCUUCCUUUGGUUUCCAUAGUAACUGGUGUCUGUUUUGGGCUGAGCUUCUUUUAGGUACUUGGUUUGAGUCUCUUUCUCGGUUAGAGAGAAACAGAGUGAAUGUCAGUGAGAGUGGUGACUGGAGGAAGCCGAUGAUUCACUGAGGGAGUGAUGACAUGCUAGCGGUGAGUGAGGGUGUUGGGGUCUGUCUGAAAGUGUUCCUCUGCCCAAGUCAGGUUGGUUUAUUGGGUGGUUUAUUCCUGAUUCCCUCAUGUGUGGUGAGUGUGAGUGAACAUCACUACUACCCCUCACUGUGCUCUUGUCCCUAGUGGCUCCGAUCUUCAAAGUUACACUUCUCUGGGUUUUGAAAAAUGUAUGUGCUUCUGGAGUGGUGCUCCAUCAGUCCUGAUAUUUUGGAUCUAGCCUGAACUCUCUCCAUCUCUCCUUCUCUCCCUCCCUCUCCCUCUCCAGGGUGUACCCCAGCUGGCCUGUGCCAAGGCCCUGUACAACUAUGAUGGCAAGGAACCUGGGGACCUCAAGUUCAGUAAGGGUGACAUCAUCAUCCUGCGACGCCAAGUGGAUGAGAAUUGGUACCACGGGGAGAUUGGCGGAGUCCACGGCUUCUUCCCCACCAACUUUGUCCAGAUCAUCAAGCCGUUGCCGCAGCCCCCGCCACAGUGCAAGGCCCUCUACGACUUUGAGCUGAAAGACAAGGAGGCAGACAAGGACUGCCUGCCCUUCACUAAGGUGAGUUCUAGACAACUUUACUAGUGUUGCACGGUAUACCGAUACCACUGUAAUAUCAUGGUACCAAAACAUCAUGAUACCAACAUUUUAGAAUACCGUAAUACCGUUUCAUAUGAUCCUACCAACUUUUUCGGCCCUACCGAUCUAAAGAACCCACUGGCGCCUGUUAUAAAAUGUUUAUAAAGUCAGUUGAAUUUUUGAAGCAACAGCAAUUAGUCUCUUGUAUGCACCGGUCCAAUAAUGUCCACUUCACUUUCAUGCGCAUAUCACUUAUGGCAGCUGUGAUCAGCCAGCCGCAUCCCCUACCAGCCCUCACUCACCUGCUUCUCAGUCUGCUCUUCCUGCACAUCUAUUCCUCCAGCACUUUUUAAUAUAUAAUAUAGCCUUGAUGGUGAGUGGGGAUGGAGACCCUGAUCAGUCUUCUGUUGUUACAUUUGCUACAUUGGAGCAGCACACAGGGAGCAAAGUUGAUAUAUUGUAUAUAAUUUCAUGCCUGAUAAACCCAAGAGCACAGGCCAGUCUGAUUAUAGGCUUUGCAAGUUCGCUGUCACGCAGCAGUGUCAGAGAAGAAAAACCGCUUUGCAACAGCAUAGCAAAUGUCUAGUCUCUAACUCAAAUGGUUUGAAAUAAAAUUGACUCAUAUAACCGGAGCUAGCUUUUUUUCUUCCUGCGCGAUUUCACGCACAUUUGAUAUAAUUUCACAAACCAUGUCGCGGGAUGUUUUAAACUAAUCCUGGCCCGCUAAUUAUUGGUUUGAAAUGUUCAGUCAUGUUACCUAGCUAGCUAACAACCUGGUAACUUUACAGUAGGUCCAGGCAAAUGUGAUCGGCACAGGAAGAAAGGAAAAGGUUCUGCCACUCAUAAUAAUAAUAAUAAUAAUAAUAUGCCAUUUAGCAGACGCUUUUAUCCAAAGCGACUUACAGUCAUGUGUGCAUAAAUGUUUACGUAUGGGUGGUCCCGGGGAUCGAACCCACUACCCUGGCGUUACAAUCGCCAUACUCUACCAAUUGAGCUACAGAGGCUACAACCACUCAUGAGAUGUUUAUUCAAAGGUAGGCAUAACUAUAUAAAACAUCUGUUUUUCUGGUGCUCCUUACAUUCUGUUUGGUGCCUAAAGUUUUUUUAAAAGUUGGGAGCAGUGUGUGUAUGUUUGUGGGGGAGAGAGUGGUGUGUGUGCUUAUGAGAGAGAGGGAAGGAGAGUGUGAGGGAAGGGAGAGUGUGUGUCUGUGUUAACUGAAGAGUAGAAGGUUUCAUGCAGUGUUUUUUCCCCUUACUGCCACAAUGACAUGCAGAUCAUUAUGCAAGUCUAUUCCUUCCAUUCCUCCAGCCAAAUCACAGGUAGACCUUUGCAAAUAUGGGCAAAUUAGCCAUUCUGUGUUAUACAAUGAACAGUGUGAAGUUAAAUUCAAUAUGUGUUGUAUUGUGUAGAAGUGUGAAUAUCAGUGACAGAUUUGUUGUGUAGCACAUGUGCAUAACGUAGAAUAUUCCCCCCGUGGUAUCGUGAUACUACUUGGUAUCGUGAUACUACUUGGUAUCGUGAUACUACUCGGUAUCGCGAUACUUGUCCUGGUAUGGUAUCGUUAGUAACAUUUUGGUAUCGCGACAACACUAGACUUACCACAUAGGACAUAGUAGCAAGAGUUUUAAUUACAACCUGUACUGUUUUUUUCUAAGCUGUCAUUUUCCUGAGUUUGGAGCGUCUAACAGCUCCAACAACUGUUGAUUGUAAAAUCUCUGUGGCUUAACCCUGACCACACCUCUGAGUGAGUUCCUGUUGGUCUUUGCAGACGUGUCCUGCUGAUGCAAUACAUUUUUCCUCUUAGUGUAGAGGACCAGUUAUCCACUCUCACACUGUACCUACUGUACCAUUGCUAAAUGGGUUGGAACCCCCCAAAAAUCCAAUGGUGUCGUUCUGAACAGAACCAUCAUUUUUUUUAGUUCCGUUCUACUGUUCCGACCAGCAAAAAAAAAACGGUUCGAACCCCAAAAAACUACUAGUUUAUAUCGUUCCUUUCUGUUCCUUUUUAAACCUCUGAAAUUGAUUUCUUUACAUUUAGCUCGACAUUAAAUUACUUCACCAAUCAGUGCGGAUAGAGCAACUCACUAUGGAAGCUAUUUCAUUAUUAUAGGAAAGUCGUUAAGAGCAAAUUGUAUUUUGCAUGGUUUAAUCAUAAUGAAAGACAAACACACGCACUGUGCUGCCAGUCACUAUGGACAGACAAAUGUAGGUCGUGAGAUGCGACUGAAAUUUUGCGGGUGGGGAGAGAGGGUGGAGGAGGCAGCUUGACUUGAAGCACUGGGCAUCUUGUUAUGACACACAUUAUCUGAAUUAGACUACAUUAUAGGAUCCUUAACUAGCAUUGAAAAAGUUAAUCAAUUCUUCUCUAAUUAAACAUUUCUAAAUCAAAGUUGUAACAUCGUCAGUAGACUACAGUAACCUAUGCAUAGACGCUAAAAUGAAUAGAGCUUUGCUGCGAUUUCUGUGCAUUUAAAAUAAAAGUUAUGUUCCGGAACAGUAUAGAUCACUUUCGUUCCCUGUUCUGAUUCUGUCCCUCGAAUAAUUUCGUUAUUUUCAGAUUUCCCUGAACCAGUUCCAACCCCUGUUGCUAAAUUACUUCCUGGAUCUAUUCAAAUCUACCCAAUGGGUCAUUACUUUCUAUCUCUGUCGUCUGCUGUUUUUUACAUUUACAUUUACGUCAUUAUGUCUUAUGAGCAAAAUCUGAAACAAAGGAAAGUGCUUGUCUUGUUCCUUUCUAAACAGAAUCCAGUUUAUUGCUCUUAUAAUGUAGUCUAGCCUUAAUGUGGGGACUUCCUUUAGUUUUUAAUAAAACAUGGUCUCUCUCUCUCUGCCUCUCUCUCUCUCUCUGCCGUCUCUCUCUCUCUGCCUCUCUCGUCUCUCUGCCUCUCUGCCUCUCUCUCUCUCUCUCUGCUCUCUUCUCUGCCUCUCUCUCUUCUCUUGCCCCUCUCUCUCUUCUCUCUCAUCUCUCCUCUCUUCUCUCUGCCUCUUCUCUCUCUCUCUCUCUCGCUCUCUGCCUCUCUGCUCUCUCUCUUCUGCCUCUACUCUGCCUCUCUCGCUCUCUGCUCUUCUCUAUCCUGCCUCUCUUCUCUCUCUGCCUCUCUCUCUCUCUCUCUGCCUCUUCUCUCUCUUGCUCUCUCUCUCUCUCUCUGCAGCUCUGCUCUCUCUCUCUCUCCUCUCUGCCUCUCUUCUCUCUGCUCUUCUCUGCCUCUCUCUUCGCUCUCUCUCUCCUCUCUCUCUGCUUCCUCUCUUCUACUCUCAUCUCUCUCGCUUCUCUCUCUCUCGUCUUCCUCUGAACUACUCUCUCUCUUCUUCUCUCUCUUGACUCUGACUCUAUCUGCAUCUCUCUCUUACCUCUAGCGAUCUCUGCUCUCUCUAUCUCUCUCUCUCUCUAUGCUGUCUCUCACUCUUUCUUCUCUCUCUCUUAGUCUCUCUCUAUCUUCCUCUCUCUCCUCUUCCAUCUCUCUCUUCUCUUAUCCUUCCUCGCUCUCUCUCUAUCUCUCUGCCUCUCUCUCAUCUCUGCUCUCUCUCUCUCUCUCUGCCUCAUCUCUCUCUUUCUCUUCUCUCUUCUCUCUCUCCCGCCCUAUCUCUAUCUGGGGAUGCAUGCUUCUAUCUCUGCUCUCCUCUCUCUCUCUCUCUCUCUGCUGUCUCUCUGCCUCUCUCUCUCUCUCUCUCCUCUCUCUUCUUCUCCUCUCCUCUCUCUCUCUCUCGCUCUCUCCUCUCUCUCUCUCUCUCUCUGCCCCAUAAUUCUUCUAUCCUGGGUGAUUGUUUCUAGCUAGCUUUAAUGACAGUCUGCCCAGUAACAAGCUCUAUCUUUUCUCUUCUAGGAUGAUAUUCUGACUGUGAUUCGCAGAGUAGAUGAAAACUGGGCAGAGGGAAUGCUGGGGGAUAAAAUUGGAAUCUUCCCCAUAUCAUAUGUUGAGGUAAGCGAAAAUGUUCCUCCGAGUGUAAACUGGAGCGUCCCUGAUAUGUCCAGUGAAGCAUUUCACCUCAGGAAGAGGUUGGAAAAUGCUGAUUGUGUUUUUUUGCUUUGUUAGACAUCUUGCAAAAUGUGCACAUUAGUGCUCUCUCUGCUCUCCCCUGUUGCUUCGCCCCUGAAAACGGUCAAAAUAUAUUUCACCAAAGCACUAAACAUGCCAGUAGAUUUACUGGUGAUUGAGCACCUUCUCAGGAGAAGCUAUUCCAAUUCCUUUGUGGCCCUUAAAUGCAUCUAUCGUUUCCUCUAAAAAGCCUUAGCAAUCCUUAGUUUGACAUCCUGAGGUAAUUCACUGUCCUAUAAAAUAACUGUCUGCUGGGAUGAUGAACCUUACCUGUGUAAUAGACCUGAAACAUAACCGGAGAAUAUAGAAGUAACAUGUAGAAGUAACCAGUGGGCACUAUGAAAGCCUUUUAGAACAGCGUCUCUCGCUUAAUGGAGGCACAUGGUAGAGAGAAGCUCAGGAGUGGCAAGAGCAAAAUAAAGAAGGAAAGACAUUUUCCGUGUGAAUGCUUUUGUGAAGGUAAUGUUUGACUCUGACAUCGAAAGUGACGUUCUUAGAAGCAGAGGAGAAAAACAAGAUUUAUUUACAUUUUUUAUGGCUCUAUUCAUGUGACAGAUUUUAGAUUAGUCUAAUAUCCCGACGGGGGCUGUUUUCACACAGCAGAGAAAUACUAUAUUUUCCUCCAAGUAAGACAUUUUUCACUCCGGAUCUCGCACAGGUUACACAAAUAUGCAAAUGAUGAGUACUGUACAUUCAGCAUAUAUCACACAGUAAACAGCUUUUUAAAAGAAAAUAUGAACAAUUCUGGCACUGUCAUGGAGGACAAACUCAAAUCUAGGUCUUGCGUAUCCACACUUGAUUAUGGAUUGGGAGUUCUGUGCAGUGAUUCUAUACUGAUAACCGUUCUAUAUUUAAGCAAUAAGGCCCGAGGGGGUGUGGUAUAUGGCCACAGCUAAGGGCUGUUCUUAAGCACGACGCAGCGUGGAGUGCCUGGACACAACCCUCAUGGUAUGUUGGCCAUAUAACACAAAUAUACCGCGGCUGUCAGCCAAUCAGCAUUCAGGGCUCGAACCACCCGGUAUAUACUUGGCUGUAUAUCUGAUCUAGUGCUAAGUGUGUACAUGGGACCACUUGGUGAACCCAGCUUAGCACUGCUUCUCCUCAGGAUUGGUGUGAAAAUUAUCUGCUUUGAUGUCCUAAGGAGAGGAAGAGCAGCUCUGGGCUAUCUGUGUCGUGGAGUGCUCCCUCGUCCUCCCUGUGAUUAGCUAAACCCUGUUUAGUGUUCCCCCUUUGAUUCCUGCCUCACAUGAAAGAGGCUGUGAAAGCCUACGGUCUCCUCUGCUCGCUGGCUGCCUGAAAACCCUACACUCCCCCUGAGCCCAAGGUCCUCUCUCAACCCCCUGGCACUGGCAGCGUUCUCAGCACACUGCUUUCUCCCAUCAGAUAACGGCACAGGGUGGUUUUUUCUACAACUAGUUUCAUUAUGAAGAGUGACAGCUUUCAUUAUCAUAUUACCAACUCUCUCCUAUCUACCCCACCACAUCCUUCUUUCCUCCCCUCCCAUGUCCUCCCCUCCCCUCUCCUUUUCCCGCCUUCCCUUCCCUAUAUCCAUUCUCUCCCCCUGUUCCCUCUCUCCUCCUGUAGUUUAACUCUGCAGCCCGUCUGCUGAUUGAGUUAGACAAGCCUGGGGACUCCAGUGGGGACUCUGGCGAGGGGGCCUCGUCGGGCCCCCAGAGUAACGGUGGCCCCCACCGGGCCGGGGAGAAGAAGAACAGUAAGAAGCGCCACUCGUUCACCUCCCUCACCAUGUCCCACAAGCCCUGUCUGGCCCCGCCCCCCCAGAGACACUCCAUGGAGAUCAGUGGGCCGGUCCUCAUCAGCUCCUCCAACCCCACGGCAGCCGCACGCAUCGGCGAGAUCAGCGGAGGACUGUCCUGCAGUGCACCCUCACAGGUGAGAUAGGAGGGGGGGAGAGAGCGAGAGAGAGGGAGGGGAGGGGGUAAGAAGAGGGAGCUGCUGCGUUCCCUCUUCUCCAGUGUCUUUGUACUGUUUGGUUAGGGGCCUUGUAUUCAAUGAGGCAGCCACUAAAUGGAGAAAACAGUAUGUCUGAAGCACUCUUGUAUAUGAUGAAUGGACUUAAUUGACCCAGAUCCCAAAGUCUAUUGUCCCUAGUAAUUAAUUCCUCCACAAUUUACUGCAGAAAUUUGUUCUGAGCAUAACCCCCUUAAACCCGAAUUGUAAAAACCAGCAUGUUGGCCAGCAUAGCAGCUCAUCUGUCUAUGGCUGGGAGUCUGUACUAUGGACAAGUGUAUAAUCACUGCCAUUGAUUUCAUGGUGAUGAUGGACUUGGAUGUGGCUGUACUCCUCUCUGUCAGUGUGUGUCCUGCCUCCUCCUGUCCAUGUCGGCUCCACACUGUCCAUCUGGGCUUGUUAAUGAGUGAGGAACAGAGGGAAACAAUGUGCACUGGAGACGCUCAUGCAACAAGCACAAAGCAACAAGCAGAUUCCACGCUCUUGUUUUCAUCAGAUGUUUUUUUCUGUGAUAGGCUCCCACUCUCCUUAUGUCAGCAAUUAUCCACACUUCUCCCCCGUCAUUCCGAACAGGCCAGGGCGCUCUGUCCAAUUAUCCACACUUCUCCCCUGUCAUUCCGAACAGGCCAAGGCUCCGUCCAAUUAUCCACACUUCUCCCCUGUCAUUCCGAACAGGCCAAGGCUCCGUCCAAUUAUCCACACUUCUCCCCCGUCAUUCCGAACAGGCAAGGCUCCGUCCAUUCCACUUCUCCCCCGUCAUUCCGAACAGGCCAAGGCUCCGUCCAAUUAUCCACACUUCUCCCCCGUCAUUCCGAACAGGCCAAGGCUCCGUCCAAUUAUCCACACUUUCUCCCCCGUCAUUCCGAACAGGCCAAGGCUCCGUCCAAUUAUCCACACUCUCCCACCGUCAUUCCGAACAGGCCAAGGCUCCGUCCAAUUAUCCACACUUCUCCCCCGUCAUUCCGAAACAGGCCAAGGGCUCCGUCCAAUUAUCCACACUUCUCCCCCGUCAUUCCGAACAGGCCAAGGCUCCGUCCAAUUAUCCACACUUCUCCCCCGUCAUUCCGAACAAGGCCAAGGCUCCGUCCAAUUAUCCACACUUCUCCCCCGUCAUUCCGAACAGGCCAAGGGCUCCGUCCAAUUAUCCACACUUCUCCCCCGUCAUUCCGAACAGGCCAAGGCUCCGUCCAAUUAUCCACACUUCUCCCCCGUCAUUCCGAACAGGCCAAGGCUCCGUCCAAUUAUCCACACUUCUCCCCCGUCAUUCCGAACAGGCCAAGGCUCCGUCCAAUUAUCCACACUUCUCCCCCGUCAUUCCGAACAGGCCAAGGCUCCGUCCAAUUAUCCACACUUCUCCCCCGUCAUUCCGAACAGGCCAAGGCUCCGUCCAAUUAUCCACACUUCUCCCCCGUCAUUCCGAACAAGCCAAGGCUCCGUCCAAUUAUCCACACUUCUCCCCCGUCAUUCCGAACAGGCCAAGGCUCCGUCCAAUUAUCCACACUUCUCCCCCGUCAUUCCGAACAGGCCAAGGCUCCGUCCAAUUAUCCACACUUCUCCCCCGUCAUUCCGAACAGGCCAAGGCUCCGUCCAAUUAUCCACACUUCUCCCCCGUCAUUCCGAACAGGCCAAGGCUCCGUCCAAUUAUCCACACUUCUCCCCCGUCAUUCCGAACAGGCCAAGGCUCCGUCCAAGUGUUUGAAAUUACGGCUGCGUGUCUCCACUCGCCCGCAAAAAAGACUCCUGCUUAGCCCCCGAGGUUUCCACAGCAACCUCGGAAUGGCAACCACUCACAGCUGCUCUGUGGUUGUCAGGCUCUUUAGAGAGAGGAGGGGGGGGGGCUUGACAGACAGGCAGACAGACAGUUUAGCAGGCAGACAGAUGGACAGUUUAGCAGGCAGACAGACACAUAGACUAUAACAUUGACAGACAGAGACAGACAGAUGAUUAGUUAGCGUCUCAGGCAGGCUGAAGCGUUCUGUGACUGACGGGGGGCUGACAGAACCUUCAGUAGGUUGCUUAGCUUUUUUCAUUUUCUCUCCAGUUGAUAAGAGAACAGCGUAGAGGAGCAUUGAGACUACAACAGCCUCACCACAGCCAGCCUGGUAUACAGAGUAGGGACUUUUAUACUAACAUUGCCAAUGAGCAUUCACUCUCUUUCUUUACAUGAAGGUCAUAUGUUGACUUAAUUUCAUUUGUGUUAUUUUGGUUUGAAGUACACUAUAUAUACAAAAGUAUAUGGACACCCCUUCAUAUUAGUGGAUUCGGCUAUUUCAGCCACACCCAUUGCUGACAGGUGUAUAAAAUUGAGCACACAGCCAUGCAAUCUCCAUAGACAAACACUGGCAGUAGAAUGGCCUUACUGAAGAGCUCAGUGACUUUCAAUGUGGCACCGUCAUAGGAUGCCACCUUUCCAACAAGUCAGUUUGUCAAAUGUCUGCCCUGCUCGAGCUGCCCUGGUCAACUGUAAGUGCUGUUGUUGUGAAAUGACUAAAAUGUAAAAUGUACAAAUGUAAGUGGAAACGUCUAGGAGCAACAACGGUUCAGCCAAGAAAUGAUAGGCCACACAAGUUCACAGAACGGGACCGCCGAGUGCUGAAGCGCGUAGAGUGUACAAAUCGUCUGUCCUCGGUUGCAACACUCACUACCGAGUUCCAAACUGCCUCUAGAAACAACGUCAGCACAAGAACUGUUCGUCGGGAGCUUCAUGAAAUGGGUUUCCAUGGCCGAGCAGCCGCACACAAGCCUAAGAUCACCAUGCGCAAUACCAAGCGUCGGCUGGAGUGGUUUAAAGCUCGCCGCCAUUGGACUCUGGAGCAGUGUUCAUUGGAGUGAUGAAUCACGCUUCACCAUCUGGCAGUCGAUGGACAAAUCUGGGUUUGGCGGAUGCCAGGAGAAUGCUACCUGCCCCAAUGCAUAGUGCCAACUGUAAAGUUUGGUGGAGGAGGAAUAAUGGUCUGGGCUAGGCCCCUUAGUUCCGGUGAAAGGAAAUCUUAACACUACAGUAUACAAUGACAUUCGAGACGAUUCUGUGCUUCCAACUUUGUGGCAACAGCCCCGUGCAGAGAGCGAGGUCCAUCCAGAAAUGGUUUGUCGAGAUCGGUGUGGAAGAACUUGACUGGCCUGCACAGAGCCCUGACCUCAACCCUAUCAAACACCUUUGGGAUGAAUUGGAAUGCCGACUGCGAGCCAGGCCUAAUCACCCAACAUCAGUGCCCAACCUCACUAAUGCUCUUGUGGCUGAAUGGAAGCAAUUCCCCUCAGCAAUGUUCUAACAUCUAGUGGAAAGCCUUCCCAGAAGAGUGGAGGCUGUUAUAGCUGCAAAGGGGGGACCAACUCCAUAUUAAUGCCCAUGAUUUUUGAAUUAGAUGUUCGACGAGCAGGUGUCCACAUACUUUUGGUCAUGUAGUGUAUUUCAAAAGGAGUAUUUUCUCUCUGAAAUGUGUUUACGUAUUAAACCAACAUGGCUUUAUCGUCUCAGUCGUUUGACAGCAUUCAGAGUGGUCUCUCCCUCGUAGUCCCCGGCUCUUUCUGACUGUUGCAGCAGUCAGAAAUGUGGCAUUUAUUUUGGAGGAGUGAUUCUCUUCUUGGUUAUAUUUUGAGUUGGAGAAUAGAGUGUACCAUUGAGUGUCUUCUCGCUGUCUCACUCCCCUGGGCGCUGGGCUGCAACACAUUUCAGACACACUGACAUGCUUUACCCACAGCUUCUCCUGGGAAACAGCAGCCUCACAAAUCCUUUCUCCAACUGCUGGCAUUCUACAGGAACUGUCAGAGUAUUUUUGUGCAUCCACAUACCUUUCAUUUUGGGAUGAUCCAGCUCUCAUUAAAGCCUUGGCCACACAGGGAGGGGAGGGGAGAAUCAUGUCUCAUCAACUCUUCAGACUUGGCUUUAUCUGCCCUCAUUAUGAACCAGGCACGCUCAGUAUUAUAAAACCUCCAUUCCCACCUGGGAGGUGAGUCUGCUCUUUGAAACAGGAGCGAUAGAACUCAUGAUGGGUUUGAUUUAUAGAUGAAUAUGUUUAAUAAAAACCCAUACAAAGAAGAUGGAGAGAGACCCCAGGUGGAAUCUGUGUGGCUCAGUCUCUCACCUCGCUUCUCUCGCUCUUCUUCUCUUCCUCCUUCAAAGCAGACAGAAGAACAACAAAGGGAAGCAGGAGUAGCUUGGGGGGCCAGAGGGAGGGAGUGUAUGGGAAUGAACACGCCCUCUGUCCACUGCUUUUAUUUCAGUCAGAGGGAAGAGAAAUGAAGAGACUGUUAACUAGAUAUAUAAAGGAGCCUGCAGUGUAUAAAAACAGAACUGCUACACUUUAAUAUGUUGUAAAAUGGAACACUGUCAUUUCCGUUGUAAUUGAUGUGCCAGUGCUGUACACAUACACUCACAUAUGUUCCAUGUGGUUUAUACACAUAUAGCUAAAUGCACAACCCAGAUAUAGCCUAGUACAGUACUCCAUGUGUGGGUAUGGAUGUGGGUACGCAGACCCGCGAGCCACUGCAGCCCCUCACAAUGAGUUCAGAUUUUUUCGUGGCCAUCUUGCCUGAUUGCACCUUCCCCUGCUACACUCGUGGCUACUGAAUUGUACAGUUGGUUGAGUUUGGUAUGGGUCCUCUGUAAUGAUUUACCUUGAGGCUGCUCUGCUUUGUCUGGGGCAGUCAUGCAUGGCGUGGUGGGGAGGAAAGGUUACAAGAAGACAUUGUGUGUCCAACAGCCCUGUGAGUCGGUGUCACACAACACGUGAAUCACUGUGGUUCACUUUCUCUCAGCAAGGGGCCUCCGCAGUCAUCCGUCUUCACCCGGCCAAUGAAAACUUGUUCUUGACAGUCAUAUGACCUCACCCAGCCAAGCGUGUCAUCAGGACACCUGCACAGCUUGACUUAGCCAAUUGGGUCCACCGCUGCUGUGAAGGCGACAUUUCCAUUUUAAUGUGACAUUUUAAGGCCAUGUGUGACAUGUUUUAGAAACUGGGUUGGGUAGGUUACUUUCUGAAUGUAAUGCAUUCCAGUUACUAGUUACCUGUCCAAAAUUAUAAUCAGUAAUGUAACUUUUGGAUUACCCAAACUCAGUAACAUAAUCUGACUAUUUUCUGUUAAUUUUGGAUUACUUUCCCCUUAAGAGGCAUUAGAAGAAGACAAAAAGGAUCCAUCAAACGCAUUUGGUGUGUCAUCAUAGUGGUCUCUGACUUGUGGUUGGACUCGCUCAGGUGGAACAAACUUAAAACUUGCUCCUUUUUUCAAUGCUGAGUUGAAUGAGUUGAAUGUCCUUGAGAAAACAGAAAGGUGUCAUUAAUGUAUUGUUUUCUCGCAAACAUCCUUUCUGAAUUGAAAAAGUAAUCAUCUAGUUUUUCAAAAGUAUCUCUAAUCUGAUUACAAUAUUUGUGCUGGUAACGUAACUGGGUACAGUUUUUUUGUAAUCGGAUUACAUGUAAUCUGUUACUCCCCAGCCCUGUUUAGAGAUGAAAUAACUUAGUUAGUUCAAACAUGAGUCUUCUGCCCAUGUGAGACUGGAUGCGAGGAGACAGACUGGCACAAAUGGACAAAGACAUCUGUCUCCUCAGAUGGAGGGUUGCAACUAUCGUUGAAAUGCCAUAGUUGUUCUAGCACAUAGUUCUGUGUUGUGUGUGUGUGUGUGUAAUGCUAUUAUAUUGUAGGGGAGUAGUGGUGGUAUUGGUUGAGUAAGUUGUCUGACUUUGUGUCCAUCCUCAACAGGUACACAUCUGUACAACUGGACUCAUAGUGACCCCUCCCCCCAGCAGUCCUGUUACUACGGCAACUGUCUUCACGUUUCCCCCGGAGACAAGCUACGCAUCCAUCCCUGUGGUAGGUGGAGUUCUCUUUUCAACUGCAACUACACUACUGGACCUCUAAUACUGGUUUUAAAAGAUUUUAAAUUAGCCCAUGGCACUUCACUUACAUCAGGUUCCUCUUAAAACUGAACCUGCAUACAGUAGCAUAUGGGCAUCUGCUGCCAUGGCGUGUUCAGCUAAGUGUGUGGAAGGGUGUGUGGCUGUGUUGGUAUGUGGUACUGCUGAGAAUGUGUACAUAAAGGUUGAGCUCUCUGCUUCAAUGGGGAACUCUACAUGAUGUUUCUGUACAGAUGAUUUCUCUGGCCUGCAGGCAAUCUAAUUAUCUCCGCUCCAGCGUCAGCAGCGCACCAACACACACUCUCUCUCUGUCUCUCUCUGUCUCUCUCUGUCUCUCUCUGUCUCUCUCUCUCUCUCUCUCUCUCUCUCUCUCUCUCUCUCUCUCUCUCUCUCUCUCUCUCUCUCUCUCUCUCUCUCUCUCUCUCUCUCUCUCUCUCUCUCUCUCUCUCUCUCUCUCUCUCAUAUACACUAGCAUGUAGGCCCUUCUGAGUGCUGUGCCACCCCCUCCUCCCUCCCCCAUUGCUACAUGGUAGUUAUGUCUGUCUGCUCCUCAGGCCUGUUAAUGUCAAGCUGAGACACAUAUCUUGCUCUGCAGAUACAGUGCCUUUAGAAAGUAUUCAUACCACUUGACUUAUUCCACAUUUUGUUACAGCCUGAAUUCAAAAUGGAUUAAAUAAAUAAAAAUCUCACCUAUCUACACACAAUACCCCAUAAUGACAGUGAAAACAUGUUUUUAGAAAUGUUUGCAAAUUUGUUGAAAAUGAAAUAAAGAAUUAUCUAAUUUACAUAAGUAUUCACACUCAAAUCAAUACUUUAUCACCUUUGGCGGCGAUUGCAGCAUUGAGUCGUCUUGGGUAUGUCUGUAUCAGCUUUGCACAUCUGGAUUUGGGGAUUUUCUCCCAUUCUUCCUUGCAGAUUUUCUCAAGCUCUGUUAAGUUAGAUGGGAAGUGGCGGUGAACCGCAUUCUUCAAGUCUUUCCACAGAUUUUCAAUGGGAUUCAAAUCUGGGCUUUGGCUUGGCGAGGACUUUCACAUUCUUGUUCUGAAGCCAUUCCAGCGUUGCUUUGGCUGUAUGCUUGGGGUCGUUGUCCUGUUGGAACAAAUCUUCGCCCCAGUCUAAGGUCGUUUGCACUCUGAAGCAGGUUCUCAUCAAGGAUUUGCCUGUAUUUGGCUCUGUUCAUUGUUCCCUCUAUUCUUACCAGUCACUGCAGCUGAAAAACAUCCCCAUAGCAUGAUGCUGCCACCACCAUGAUUCAUGGUAGGGAUGGUGUUAGACGGGUGAUGAGCUGUGCCUGGUUUUCUCCAGACAUAGCGUUUUGCAUUCAGGCCAAAUAGUUCAAUUUUUGUCUCAUCAGAACACAGAAUCUUUCACGUGCCUUUUUUGCAAAUUCCAGGUGUGCUGUCAUGUGCCUUUUUCUCAGGAGUGGCUUCCAUCUGGCAACUCUCCCAUAAAGCCCAGAUUGGUAAAGUGCUGUAGAGACUGUUGUCCUUCUGGCAGGUUCUCCCAUCUCAGCCAAGGAACUCUGUAGUUCUGUCAGUGGUCAUUGGGUUCUUGGUCACCUCCCUGAACAAGGUCCUUCUUGCCCGGUAGCUCAGUUUGGUCGGACGGCCAGCUCUAGGCAGAGUCUGGGUAGUUCCAUAUUUUCAUAAUUUCCCAGUGAUGGAGAGCACUGUGCUCUUGGAAACUUUCAACACUCUAGAAAUGGUUAUACCCUUCCCCAGGUAUAUGCCUCAUCACAAUUAUAUCUCAGAGAUCUACAGACAGUUCCUUGGACUUCAUUGUAUGGUUUCUGCUCUGACAUGCACUGUCAACUGUGGGACCUUAUAUAGACAGGUGUGUUUCUUUCUAAAUCAUGUCCAAACAAUUGAAUUGGCCACAGGUGGACUCCAAUCAAGUUGUAACAACAUCUCAAGGAUGAUCAAAUGAAAUUUGAUGCACAUGAGCUCAAUUUGGAGUGUCAUAGGAAAGGGGUCUGAAUAAUUAUGUCAAUUAGAUGGUUCUGUAUUUCAUUUUCAAUAAAUUGGCAAAUAUUUCUAAAAACAUGUUUUCACUUUGUCAUUGUAGGAUAUUGUGUGUAGGUGGGUGAGAGAAAAAAAUAUAUUUUGAAUUCAGGCUGUAACACAACAAAAUGUGGAAUAAGUCAAUGGGUAUGAAUACUUUCUGAAGGCACUGUACAUGUUUAGUAGAAAACAAACCCCUUUCCCAGUACACCAACGUGUCUGUGUGUAUGAUUGUGUAAUGGAGUUGUUUUGGUCUGGUUUCUGUCCCGUUAAAGAGGCAGAACAAGACAAGAGAGCCCAGAGGAAUCCGCUCAGAGCGGGCCUGUGGGCUGAACUAUAUAACGUUUAAAGAAAUGUUUUUACUUUCAUAUGGUCCUCAUUAAACACAGCAAUGGAUUCACCAGGCCCCAGUGUCGUUUCUAUAGCAACAAACAAACAAGCACGCUGGAGAUUCCUUCCCAGUUCUAGGGGGAAGUUGGGGACAAGACCAAACCUCUGUGCCAAGCGAUACUCUCCCUCAUUGAACAGAGAGUAAAUGAUAUCCCUCUUUCACUGACCAGUUUCUCUCAUUAUGUAACGCCUAGUCAGUCAUUGGUUAAAAGGCCAGGGGUAUGGUUCAUGUGUCAUUGCAUUAACGUAACACUGUCAUGUUGCACUUAAGGCAGUGAAUUGUUUAUUUGUGGUUCUGGUCUUUCUUUCGGUUCUAAAUAAAUAUGAUUUUGUAUGUGAGAUUCGAUUCAAGCUUACUGUGAACUGUUCUAAUAUGCUGUCUAAUCUUUGUUUCAGACUGUCGUUGUUGAUGUUUGUUGUUUUCAUUGACAGGAUCCUCUUCCUCCUCCCCCACCACCUCCACCACAAUCCUCAGCAGUGGGAGCAGCCUCCUCAUUGGCUGCCAGUCAAAGACCCUCCCACGGCACCAGCGACCAGAGUGGGCGACAGAGACCCACAGUGUGAGUACACACACACAGAUGCAUGUAACACUCUUCCACGUAUUAAGUACAAGCACACUAAACCAGAAAGAACAUGCAGUGAAACAGCAGGUUCCACACAUGGCUAGGGCAUGGGUCCUUCUGGGUGGGUUCUGGGAGUUCUCCAAGCCUCUGAAUAACCCCUCAGCUGUCAGUGUGGAGCACCAGAGGUUGACCCAGAGCACCAGUGACGGAUGAAAGGGCAACACCUGUGGGGGACAGAGUCUCUUGAGUCCUAUCAGAGACCCUGCCUGUCACCUUUGACCCCUGACCCCUCACUUCAUUACUCCUCUGAGACUCCAGACACCUGAUAGGAAUUAGAUACGGCCCACCUCCCCAAAGCGUGUUUCUGUCUGUGUGUGUCUCGACAUUUUUCUUCAUUUCCCCCUCCCCUGACACCAGUGAAAGUGUCUAUGCUGUCUGUCAGCAGUGGUUCUUUAAAGCCUCUUCCCCUGUGAGGUUCCUGGAGACGUGCCUUUCCCACUCCCUUUACAGCACCUCAGUGGAGCCCUGACCCACAUAGCUGUGUCAUCCAGAACGUAACCAUAGCAUUCCUCUAUAGGAGUAUAGUGCAGCUUUCUCUGAAUGUGCUGUAGGAAGACCAGUCCAGAAGGGACUGUCCGUCUCUGUCAUCCUGUAAGGGUUUCAGAGAGGGAGAGGAGAUGUUGAUGAACAUUCUGUAGACUGUGGAAGGGGGGUCAAUUUAGCUUGUGACAGACAAGAUGUUCUAAAUACACAACACAUCUUUGAUUGAGUCAUUUCCUCCUGAGGGUAAUUGGACUGUCCCCGUGUGUGUGACCAUGCAUGUGUUUGAUGUUUCCCGUCUCUCUCGCCUCCCCCCUCUAGUUACGUGGCCCUGUUUCCCUACACCCCCCGUAAGGAGGAUGAGUUGGAGUUGAGGAAGGGAGAGAUGUUCCUGGUGCUGGAGCGCUGUCAGGAUGGAUGGUUCAAAGGCACCUCCAUGCACACUGGCAAGAUAGGAGUGUUCCCUGGCAAUUACAUGAGCCCCGUCAGCAGGUCUGUCACUAUAGUAUACGUGCGCACACACACUCUCACACACUCUCACACACACAUGUACACACUGAUUAUCUCUGCAUAUGCAGCUCCCCUAAGGCUCCCAGCCCUAACCUCUCCUCUCUGUUUGUCCCAUUAGGACGGUUUCAGGCAGCACCCAGCCCAAAUUGCCCCUGGCUCUGUGCACCCAGGCUGGGCGAGGGGUCACCAUCGUCAGCCCCUCCUCCACUCCUCUGGGGGCCGUCGUUCCAGGGCCUGACUUCAACAAGGCCCUCACCAUCUGUCCGGGCCCCGCCCUCUCCAGCCCUUUCCCCGCUGCCAUGGUGACUACUGCUCACGUGGCAACGGGACAGGCCAAGGUGCUCAUGCACAUGACGUCCCAGAUGACUGUUAACCAGGCACGCAACGCUGUCAGGACAGGUAGGAUCCCCUGGGGGAAAUGGAAGGGUGCAAGGAUACAUUCUAUGUAGCCAGUGUGGGAUAAUGUAUGUGAUUUGUGAAUAUCAAAAAUGGGUUGUGAAAUGAUGAAAUGGGUAUAUGGUAUGUGUGUAUGGUCUAACCCUGUGCCUCCUCUGCCCCCAGCUGCAUGCCACAGUCAGGACCGGCCCACGGCUGCUGUGACACCCAUCCAGUCCCAGACAUCUGUAGCCUACCUGGCAGUGUGUCAGUCCCAGACCUGCUCCUCCUCCUCCUCCAACCCUGCCCAGGGCUGUGUUCGCGCUGGGGUGGCACUGGGAUGUGCCGCCACCUCCCUCACCCCGCCCAACGUCAGUGCCACGUCCCUGGAUGGCGAUGCCCUGCGACCAGUGGCAGUCCUCACCAUGCCUGUCACCCCCUGGCAACGGCAGCUCCACAUCAGCUAACUCCUCCCUCGCCUGUCGGCUGGACAAGGAUGGCAAGGUGGGCGUUCAUGAUAGCACCCUAGUAGGGAUGUGCAUCUAUCCCUUUCAGGACGAUUCGAUAUGUAUCUAGAUGUAUGGGCUCCGAUACGAUACAGGAACGAUAGGUUUAAGUUUGAAACGAUGCGAUUCGGUUCGAUGUUAUACAAUUCGAUGCACUAACAUUUGCUGCUUAAACACAUUAAUUGUCCAUUCUUAAUUACAAUCUGCUGCUUAUGGAGCUCAUGAGCUGGAUCUGUCUGAGCUGGAUCUGUCUGAGCUGGAUCUGUCUGAGCUGGAUCUGUCUGAGCUGGAUCUGUCUGAGCUGGAUCUGUCUGCGCUGACUUCUGUGUGUGUAUACAUCAAUUAUGUAUAUGUUGAAUGGAAGUUUUGAUGGAGUGAGCUUCUCUUCUCCCGCUUCGACCAUGCAAUGUGGGUAACAAAAGUAAUUGCUGUACUCGUUAUGAAAUUAUCAACAUUACCGUGUAUAUCUAAAAAUGACUAUAUACACUGAGUGUACAAAACAUUCAGAACACCUGCUCUUUCCAUGACAGACUGACCAGGGGAAUCCAGGUGAAAGCUGUGAUCUCUUAUUGAUGUCACUAGUUAAAUCCAUGGAUUUUGUAUCAAAUCAAAUGUUAUUUGUCACAUACACGUGUUUAGCAGAUGUUAUUGCGGGUGUAGCGAAAUGCUUGUGCUUCUAGCUCCGACAGUGCAGUAAUAUCUAACAAGUAAAAUCUAACAAUUUCCAACAUAUACCCAAUACACACAAAUCUAAGUAAGGAAUGGAAUUAAGAAUAUAUACAUAUAUGGACGAGCAAUGACAGAGCGGCAUGGACUAAGAUACAGUAGAAAAUUAUAGAAUACAGUAUAUACAUAUGAGAUGAAUAAUGCAAGAUAUAUAUUAAAGUGACUAGUGUUCCAUUUCUUAAAUGUAUGUGUGCCAAAUGUAUGUGUGCCAUUCAGAGGGUGAAUGGUCAAGACAAAAGAUUGAAGUGCCUUUGACCGGGGUAUAGUAGUAAGUGCCAGGAGCACCGGUUUGUGACUUGCGACUUACAGUUAGUGAGUGCAUACAUUUUUCAUAUCUUAGACAUUUGAACUGGGGACCGAUGCAUAUCGGUGAAUCGUUACAUCCCCACACCUUAGCCAUCAGUAUUGCUAUCUGCAAUGUUAGCAUAUCUCUCACCUAUUUCUCACAUUUGUAUAUACAGUGAGGGAAAAAAGUAUUUGAUCCCCUGCUGAUUUUGUACGUUUGCCCACUGACAAAGACAUGAUCAGUCUAUAAUUUUAAUGGUAGGUUUAUUUGAACAGUGAGAGAUAGAAUAACAACAAAAAAUUCAGAAAAACUCAUGUCAAAAAUGUUAUAAACUGAUUUGUAUUUUAAUGAGGGAAAUAAGUAUUUGACCCCUCUGCAAAACAUGACUUAGUACUUGGUGGCAAAACCUCUCACAGAGGUCAGACGUUUCUUGAGUUGGCCACCAGGUUUGCACACAUCUCAGGAGGGAUUUUGUUCCCACUCCUCUUUGCAGAUCUUCUCCAAGUCAUUAAGGUUUCGAGGCUGACGUUUGGCAACUCGAACCUUCAGCUCCCUCCACAGAUUUUCUAUGGGAUUAAGGUCUGGAGACUGGCUAGGCCACUCCAGGACCUUAAUGUGCUUCUUCUUGAGCCACUCCUUUGUUGCCUUGGCCGUGUGUUUUGGGUCAUUGUCAUGCUGGAAUACCCAUCCACGACCCAUUUUCAAUGCCCUGGCUGAGGGAAGGAGGUUCUCACCCAAGAUUUGACGGUACAUGGCCCCGUCCAUCGUCCCUUUGAUGCGGUGAAGUUGUCCUGUCCCCUUAGCAGAAAAACACCCCAAAGCAUAAUGUUUCCACCUCCAUGUUUGACGGUGGGGAUGGUGUCCUUGGGGUCAUAGGCAACAUUCCUCCUACAAACACGCCGAGUUGAGUUGAGACCAAAUCGAGCUCUUUGGUAUCAUCUGACCACAACACUUUCACCCAGUUAUCCUCUGAAUCAUUCAGAUGUUCAUUGGCAAACUUCAGACGGGCCUGUAUAUGUGCUUUCUUGAGCAGGGGGACCUUGAGGGCGCUGCAGGAUUUCAGUCCUUCACGGCGUAGUGUGUAACCAAUUGUUUUCUAUGGUCCCAGCUGCCUUGAGAUCAUUGACAAGAUCCUCCCGUGUAGUUCUGGGCUGAUUCCUCACCGUUCUCAUGAUCAUUGCAACUUCACGAGGUGAGAUCUUGCAUGGAGCCCCAGGCCGAGGGAGAUUGACAGUUAUUUUGUGUUUCUUCCAUUUGCGAAUAAUCGCACCAACUGUUGUCACCUUCUCACCAAGCUGCUUGGCGAUGGUCUUGUAGGACAUUCCAGCCUUGUGUAGGUCUACAAUCUUGUCCCUGACAUCCUUGGAGAGCUCUUUGGUCUUGGCCAUGGUGGAGAGUUUGGAAUCUGAUUGAUUGAUUGCUUCUGUGGACAGGUGUCUUUUAUACAGGUAACAAGCUGAGAUUAGGAGCAGAAAUCUUUCUGAUUGAGAGGGGGUCAAAUACGUAUUUCCCUCAUUAAAAUGCAAAUCAAUUUAUAACAUUUUUGACACGUGUUUUUCUGGAUUUUGUUGUUGUUAUUCUGUCUCUCACUGUUCAAAUAAACCUACCAUUAAAAUUAUAGACUGAUCAUGUCUUUGUCAGUGGGCAAACGUACAAAAUCAGCAGGGGAUCAAAUACUUUUUCCCUCACUGUACCUUCUUCUAUCAUGCCUAGCAUAUUUGGCUGAUGUGCAACACGGCUACAGUGGAUUGGUGAAAUAGUUCACAUUUGCCCGGAGUGUCUGGCGCCCUUGUUUACCUCAGAUUGUUUUGAAUACCAGGCGCUCAGUUUUUUGUUGAACACAGGGUACUUUCCAGUUUAUCUUAAGCAACAAAUUCACACACAGCGCUCCGUCUGUUUCACGGGCGAGCCAUGGGAAUUGAGUUAGAGAGUGAGAGAAACUCUGCUGGCUGCAGCCCUGAAGACAUCAUUACACAACAGUGAUUAGUCUGGAGCAAAUUAUCUCAUCAGGCCCUAAGCUCUAAGGCAGCCAACAACCUAAUGACCAAGACAAUGGAUUAUGUUUAUGCAGAUUUUACUGUCCACACAAUUAGUUCCUGUAAGACAGUCUAUAUCCAGCCUACACUGUUAUCAGUGCAUGGUAGUAGCAACAUGAUUUACUUUUUUCCUCUGUUUCAUUCUGUCGUUCUGCAGAGGGAAAAGAAAGGUCUUCUGAAGCUGUUGUCGUCUAACAAGAAGAAGUCUCGCCCCUCUCCCCCCUCCUCCCCCACCCUGGAGGCAGAGCAGGCUGCUACGGGGGAGGUCUUCCAGGGGGCCAUGGGCCCCGACACCACCCCUUCCCUCUCCUCUGCUGGCGUUGUCGUGGGUAACCAUGGCCGUGCAGUCCCCUGCCCUGUGGAGCCUGAGUCUACUGCAGCCACUGCCUCCUCUUCAUCCUCCUCUUCCUCAGCCCCAGAGUUAACACACCGUAAGAGCAGCCCACUGGAUGGCUGUGCCCCCAUCGCCCCGCCCCCUCGCCAGGCAUGCUCCUCCCUCAUCUCACAGCAGCACGACGCUCGGCCAAUCCUAUGCGAGAGGUACAGUAUUUCUUAUAUCGUAGGACAGUGACAUAUUAUUAAAAAGGUCUGUCUGAUGUUGUGAUUCUGCUGGAUGUGUGGUGUGUGUAGCGUCUCUGACCUCCUGUGCUUCUGCUAAGUGUGUGUCAGUAUAGUAUCCUCUCUGAUCAUCCCCCCCAGGUACAGAGCGGUGGUGUCCUACCCCCCUCAGAGUGAGGCAGAGCUGGAGCUCAAGGAGGGAGACAUAGUGUUUGUCCACAGGAAGAGGGAGGACGGCUGGUUCAAAGGAACACUCCAGAGGAACGGCAGGACCGGACUGUUCCCUGGCAGCUUCGUAGACAUCAUC